GAGGUAUGUGCGAAGCCCACUUGUGUAUAUAAAGACGAUGCUCGACCGUGUAAGGAACUGAAACUGUUCACGAGAUCGUUGUUUCAGGAACAAAUUAUCGUCUGCCGGGAGGAAACAUAAAAAAGCGCGCGAAUUUCAAGUGACACAUUCCAUUAUCAACAGAACUGUGAUCGCAACUUUGUUCCUUGUUUUGCGUUUUUUUGCCAAUAGAACAGGUGCAUUGAGAAAGCGAGGAUAAGGUCGACUUACCGAAGAGCAUCAGUCGCAGGCAAAAUGGCUAGUAGCCAACCUUAUCUAGGUACAUGUGCCAAGUGUUUGGGAGUUAUUUCCGAAAAAGGAUGCGUAGCAGAAAAACUCAACUAUCAUCAGAAAUGCUUCGUAUGCUCCCUGUGUAGUAAAGAGUUGUAUGGAAACCCUUACUACACUAUGAAUGGAAAAGCUUAUUGCGAAGAAGAUUAUCUGAACAAAUUGGACAAAUGUGCUACUUGCAAACAACCAAUUCUAGAGAAAGUUCUGAAGGCGGAGGGUCACAAAUUCCAUCCGGGGUGUUUCCGCUGUUCUGCGUGCAAGAAAUGUCUGGACGGCGUCCCUUUCAGUGUAGAUCCGCAGACCAACAACGUCCUGUGCAUGGAUGAUUACAAAAAGAAAGUAGCUCCCCAGUGUGCCAGAUGUAAAAAACCGAUUGCUCCACCAUCUUACUCUAAUGAAGUCACUCGUGUUCUGGCUAUGGGAAAAAGUUUUCAUACCAUGUGCUACAGAUGCGAAGAUUGUGGUCUGCCAUUGUCUUCCAACAGCGACGGAAGAGGCUGCUAUCCUCUCAAUGAUCGAUUAUAUUGCUUUGACUGCCAUAAAAGAAGAGUUCCAAACGUUGCCAAAAUGCAGACGGGGAAAAAAUAAGACCAACGGAAAGUUGAAAAUUUUUGUUCCGGAAAAACAGAAUGAAACAUAAAUUUGUAAUCCAAAUUUGCAAGAUGAAUACUUAAAACUUGAUGAAGUUUACGACUGUAAUUCUUUUAGAAAUAAUCAUCUGGAGCAACUUCGUUUUAUGGCUCUCCUAAGUGAUUAAGUGGAGGUAUUUUUUCCAUGUGUAAUAAAUCAUGUAAUCAUCUUCUAUUUAUAAAAAUAAUCCGAAUCUGCUUUUACAUAAGAACCCUUAGUUUCACUCAAUUGAACAUGUGGUUUAAGAUUUCAAAAUACUUAAGUUGAUGGCAUUACAAUCAACGUACUUCAAAUUCUGUCAAUUAAAAAAAAAAUUGAUAACAGGGGUGCCCAUUCUCCAAAGGUGAUAGACCCCCCCCCCCCCCCUCAACAAACGAGAACGUUGAAGCUCUUAAUACUUAAGUUGAUGGCAUUACAAUCAACGUAUUUCAAAUUCUGUCAAUUAAAAAAAAAAACUGAUAACGGGGGUGCCCAUUGUCCAAAGGUGAUAGACUCCCCCCCCCCCCGCAACAAACAAGAACGAAAACCCUCUAACGUCGAUCUCCCCUCGUGAGCAUCCCUGUCAAUUAUGCGAAGCGAUCACUAUGCAUCAUUUCGAGAGGCGGAAAAAACCAACCUCAAGUGAAUUAACUCCAAAAAGUUCUUCAAAUACUAAAAUGUAAAAUCUUGCCGACGGUUUUCUACAGUCCAGAAACAAUACGCCAAUUGUGGAAAAAUUUAAAAAAUAAAUUAAAAAAAAAGACACUCUGCAUUUCUAUUUUUACUUCCUUUUUACAAAAAAGGAAGUAUUGUAUUCGCAAAAAAAAUUUCACUCAAAAACCGACCUUAAUUUCCAUUUUACUCACCCCCGAAUGAAUAUUAAGUUUUUUUUUCGACUCGACCACACGUGGAUAAGUGCCUAAGAACGUACAGACAUGCGAAAUAUCCAUAAUGACGAUUCCCGAGUUAAUUAUAACUAAUUUUCUCGUGACGUAUGUUAUGUGCGUAUGUAUGUCGCAUAUUUCAAGGAUGGCAAGUCCUAGAAAGUUGAAAUUCGGUACGUAGACUCCUAGUGGGGUCUAGUUGUGCACUUCCCCUUUUGGUUGCAUUCGGGUGUUUCUAAAGGGAUCUUUUGCCCCUUUUUGGGAGGAAAUCAUUGUUAAUUUCGAUGUAAACUCAAGUGGUGUUUUAAUUUGGCGGACACUUGACGAUAUAUCGCCAGUCUUUUGGUCGCCAAUUUGGCGACAAAUUUGGCAAUUUUUUUUUUUUAAAUCUGUUUCAGUUUUGCCACUGUUGGUGAUAUUUGGAGAGUAAAUUAUUGAAUCACAUUAAAAUUGCCAGUAAUGGGGCAAUGACAUUAAAUUGGAGUAAAAGGAAGUCAUGUGAUUCACACAUCAUCUCGUUCUUUAAGGUUUGUUGUUCUAAGGGCUUGAAGUGAGACCUCAAAUUGUAAAAAUUUUCAGGGUCGUCAAGAUUUUACAAUUGUACUACAAAGAUAAACUAACAGUCAUUAUGGAGGAGAUCUUUACUAAGAUCAAAAAAGAUUACACUGACUAGGCUUGGACAAAACUGCUUUUAUUUAACCCAGAAAAAUAACAUACUUAGAUUAAGAAUUGUUUAAAUGUUUAUUUUAUAGGCUUUUUGACUUUGUCAUCCACAUAAAAAACCUGCAUUAUAAUACAAUUCAGUUUUUUUUUUCAGUAGGUUUUUACGUUACAAAAAUAAGAAGUUCGUACAUUACAUUCUACAUUUCAAAGAGAAUUGAACUUUUUUGCUUCUUUUUACAAAAAAGGAAGUAUUGUAUUCACGAAAAAAUUUUCACUCAAAAAUCGAACUUAAUUUCCAUUUUGUUCAUCCCCGAAUGAAUGUUGAGUUUUUUUUUCGACCCGACCACACGUGCAUAUAAUACGUAAGAACGUAUAGACGUCCGAAAUAUCCACGAUUCCCGAGUUAAUUACAACGAGUUUUCUCGUAACGUCUGUAUGUACGUAUGUAUGUCGCAUAACUCAAGAACGCUAGGUCCUAGAAAGUUGAAAUUUGGUACUUAAGACUCCUACUGGGGUCUAGUUGCGCACCUCCCCUUUUGGUUGCAUUCGGAUACUUCAAAAGGGGUCUUUUAAACAGGGGUAGAAGUGACCGACUUGUAACAUAUAGGACAUUUUCUACAAAAAAUAUAGGACACAUUAUAUGAAUAAUUUUGCUAUGAAAAAAGAAAUAAUACAUAUCACAUAUUUAGUUAUUCUUAUCAAUGAUUUUAUUUUAAAAAAACCUCAAAAACAAAAUUAUACCUUACAUCUGAAAUGACUUCCCUGUAGUUGAAAGAAUAAUUUUUGAAAAAACAGUGUACUUUAUAAACUAAAUAACUAAACAAAAUAUGAACAAAGAUAAUUUUUAUUUUUUCUACCUCACUCAUGACAUGACCCAAGCACUAAUUCCACUGUUCUUUAAUUUUAUAUCUAAACUGAACACUUUACCACUUGUAUUAAGAACAAACAGAGCUUGAGAAGGAUCCUUCAGACGUUUUUCAGAGUUUUCUUUAUGCUUGAAUGUUUUAGCAUGCUGCCUCAUUUGCGAAAAUCCACUAUUGCUUAUGGGCACUGAACAGUUGCAAAAAUGGCAAAAAGCGGUAAAAUCAUCUUUUCCUUUAGUGCACCAUGCACCAAAAUUUGUAGAAUUAAUGUCCUCCUGGUUACACAACUUCACACGAAAUUUUGUUAAGCGAUGCGAUUUCACCAUUAUAAUUCCACUUAUACAACAAAGUUACGUUUUAACAUCAUAAGGAACUAACAUUCCACGAUCCCAAAAUUCCACAAAAAGAAAAGAUUGCAAAAAGAAAAUCAGAAAAGGUGCCUGUUGCAGAAUUUAGUCAGUUAAGUUUUUAAUUUGAAAUUCGUUUGGGCACGUACUUUGAGCGAAAAAUCCGAUGUCAAAAAGUUUAUUUACUGCUCUUUUUAAAAGAUAUAUAGGGUAAAAAACGGGAAUAUAGGAAAUAAAGGACAUUUUUGAAAAAUAUAGGACGAUUUUGAUGCUUUUUUUGAAAAUAUAGGAAAUAAAGGAUAUAUAGGACUACUUCGACCCCUGUUUAAACCUUUUUGGAGGGAAAUCCCCAAAAAACUCUAUAUUUAAUAUCAAUGCAAACUCAAGUGGUGUUAUAAUUUGGCGGACACUUGGCGAUACACAUCGCCAGGCUUUUGGUCGCAGACUUAGCGACAAAUUUGGCGAUUUUUUAAAAAAAAUCUGGUUUCAAUUUGGCCACUGUUGGUGAUAUUUAGAGUUAACUAUUGAAUUACACUAAAAUAGCCAAUAAUGGAGAAAUAACAUUAAAUUGGUGUAAAAGAGUGUCAUGUGAUGCACACAUCAGCUCGUUUUCUUUAUAUUUAAUGAAUUAGAAGGCUACAUGAAUAAUCAUACUUGCAAAAAAAUAUAAUGAAAAUUUUUGGGUUCAAAUACACUUUACCCAUGUACAUUGCUGGUUAUGUAACAGUGAAAAUAGACUUCAUAUAGCUUGUAUUAUUUAUUUUUAUUAUUAAAUCAAUAAAGCAUGUGUUAAAAUGAAA